AUCAAAUGCAAGGAAUGGCAGAUCAAUUGGCGUCCAAGGAAGAAUUAUUUAGUCAAUGGCAAGCAAAGUUGGUUGAACAGACACAAAAAGAACGCGAUGUUCUAAUUGAAGAGAUGGAUGAAGAACGCGCGCAAUUUAAAGAACGAAUCAAUCAGCUCGAAGAUGCUUUAAAUCUUGCUAAUGUAGAAAUUACUAGAUUAACUAUCGAGAUGGCUGACCUAACCAAUUCACAAAAAAAGAGAAUGUCAACAACUAGUACGACGGAUGAGAAUAGGUCCUCCUUGGAUAUACUAUUUAAUGGCAAUAAAAAUAAAGAGGAUGAUCGAUACGAACUCACGAAGCAAAUCUUAGAGAUCACACAACGAAGGAUAAGUUUACAAACGGAGCUUACAUUAUUAGAAGACCAGUAUGAUGAUUUAAAG